CUUCAUCCGUUCUUUGUCUUGAUGGGUGAUAAUUGCUGGACUUUGGCGGAGUCAACUUGAGAAAAAACCAAGACAAAACAACCCACCCAAUCCAAGCUCCAUUCAUCCCCAAGAAAGACAGCCCAAAAAAAGAAGAAAAUCAGCAAAAAUGAAGCCCACUCUCCCCGUCCUCCUCCUCGCGGCUAUAGCCACCGCAGCUCCCAUCCCGGAGAACAUUCCCCGCGCCGAGGGCGAGAACCUCCUCGGCCUGAUCGCCAGUAUGGGAGGCUUGCAUAGCCUGCUUACGGACUCGUUGUCGCUUGGUGGACAUCCGCUGAAGGAAAUUCUUGGCCAGGAUGAUGAUAAAGGGGAGGGGAAGGGAAAGGGAAAGGAGGGGGCCGAAGAGGCUCCGGCUGCGGAGGCUCCUCCGGCUGCAGAGGGUCAGGAGAAGGGUCAGGAGGGACAGGGCGCUAAGUCUGAAGAGAGUCAAGGAGGAAAAGCCGAUCAGGCUUGAUCGUGUAUCUCUUGGCGGUGAUGACAUACUGGUCUUCUUCUUCCGCUCCAUGCUUGAUGUUAGUC